UUAAAGUCUUGCUUACAGGCAGCUUUCAUUUCAUUGGAAGUGUAGAAUCCUCUCCUUUUCACUUCCUGUUUCAGACACCUAUCAACUACUAGUUGAGAAGCACCUCAGAGUCAGAUUCUGUACAUUUUUAGUUUCCUGAACUGAAAUGUACAAGGUACAAUAAAUGGAAUUGCUGCAAGUAAGCUAGAGAAGCAUUUUGAGAUAACUUGAAUCCUUGUCAGAGGAAGAUGGAGAAUCCACUGCUUUUAUUCCCCCAACUAAACAUUUCCUCUUCAAAGGAGAAGAACUAUUGCAAAGUUAUGAAAUCCACAAAUAAAGAAGAGGCAAACAAGGAAAUCCAGAUCACGUCUAAGAAAAAAAGAAAUAGACUGAGCCUUCUUCUGCAAAAGGCUGAAUUCCAUGAAAAUGUCAAUCCUGACAAAUCUGAGAAUUUGACAAAAGCUUCAAGUGUGUCCCCUGAAGAAGCAGUGAAAUGGGGUGAAUCCUUUGACAAACUGCUUUCCCAGAAAGCCGGAUUGGAUGCUUUUACAAGGUUUCUGAAAACUGAGUUCAGCGAGGAGAACAUUGAGUUUUGGACAGCCUGUGAGGAUUAUAAGAAGAACAAAACAUCUCAUCAUCUUCUUCCUACAGCCAAGACAAUUUAUGAUACAUUCGUAAGGAAGGAUGCUCCAAAAGAGGUUAACCUUGACUUUCACACUAAAGAAUUCACUGCUCAGAAUAUUAUUCACCCCACACUCAACAGCUUUGAUGCAGCACAGGCCAAAGUCUACAGGCUGAUGGAACAAGACAGUUACCCACGCUUCCUGAGAUCAGACAUGUAUUUAGACCUGAUUAAGGGGAGACAGCCUCAUCAUCCUGCUCUUAGAAGGCGAUCACGCUCUUUUACCUUCAAUGAAUUCCAGGAUGUGCAAACAGACUUUACCAUUUGGUUAUAGAGAAAUUUAUCCUCAUUGGAUUCUAUGUAGCAAAUUGUAAUACACAGCAUCCUAAACACAAACCUUCAGAUUCUGCACAUGGACGUGGAUCCAUUGACUUCAAUUGUGUACAUCUAUUUACUCCACUGAAGUACCUGGCUCAAAAAAAAAAAAUGUAGCCAGAGAUUGAUUAACUUAACUUAUUGUAAAGAGAUAUGCAGCAUAUUUAUAAGAUGUAUUAGAUGUGGCAAGAUGUAUGAGAUGUAAUGAACUCAUACAAGAGAUUAUGUCUUUGAAACUCAACUAGGAAAAUGUAAGCAUUCUUUUCACCAAAUCAUACCUGACAGUGAUAACUAUCUGAAACACUGUUCUAAAAACAUUUCCACAAUUCUAUCUCUCUCCUGGGUCCAUUAUAUUUAAAAUACACAAUGGUGUCACCUUAAAAGUCUUUACAUUCAUCAUUUGCACAUAGUUAACAUUACUGCAAUAGUUCCUACACUAAGCAUAGUUUUUGUGGUAUUUCCAUGUACCACAAGCACACAGAAACAUUAAUUAGGCAAAUGGACAGAAUAUCAUGAUUUUUACUUUUAGUUCCUAUAUAACCAAAGAACUUUAACCAUUGCAUAUAUUAAGAGGUUCUCUUUACUAUGAGAGCCUCUGACUUUUACUGGGAGGAUCCUUUGUGCUUCAGUCUAACCCUAGAGUCUACAACUCCCAUAAACCCCUGUGGAAAAAGGAGAGAAAAAAUCUCUGCUCCCUUCCAGGCAUGGAGAGAGAGGGUAAGGGGAGGCUUCAUUUUAGAGUGAGGAGCCAGAUUGCUGGUCUGGAGCCUUUUCUAGGCCAGGAGCUGUGUUGAAGCUAGAACCUGUUACUGAGAUCCUGCUGGGGCUUGGAUCUAGAAGAUUGCUUCAGGGGUUGGUGGUGAUUGUCUCUGGAGGGGAAAGACCCUGGCUGUGCCUGUGGCUGAGAAGGGCCUGCAUAGAAGGUAACUGUAAGUAACUGUGGCUCUCUGGGAAAAUGCAGCCUGGGAUGGAGCACAGUAGACACUGUCUCUGGGUCCAAAGAGAGCCAGAGUGACCAGCCCAAUGAACCAGAGCUGCUGGCAGUUUAUGCAGCCUGCUCCAGUGGCAGAGGGAUUUUGCAGCUGGCUACUUUCUUGGACUAACACACAACCUGCACAAUGCUGUUUCCACUCCAGUUGCAGACUUUCAAGUGCGCCCACGCAUGCAAGUGUAUCCAGAGGAGGGCACACUUUUGGGAGGGAUGAAUGGUAGCAGUUUAAAUGCCAGUUAGAUAAGUUUUCUUUAUUUCUGCGUACUUUGCUAAUUGAUUUUAUUCACUUCUAAUCAGUUAAACCCUGUUUCUUUAAGUUGUUAACUAAAGGUAUGUUAAUUCUAAUGUAAUUAGGGUUGCCAGAUACUUUUACAAAAAAUACUGAACAUGGCAAGGAAAAAUUGGUUGAGCAAAAAAAAAGGGAGGGGGGUACCAAAGUUGUUAAGCAAAAAAACAGAAAACAAAACUGCACACACACAAAAAGAGUCACUGCGCCUUUAAAUCCCCACACUCCCUGCUCUCUUGCCUCCACCAGACGCAGCAGGGGAGGAAUGUCCAAAGAGGCCUUCCAGCCGAAAAAAAACAGAAAAUACCGGACAUUUUAUGUCUGGUAUUUUCUGGGUUUUUUACCAAACAGAGGCCGCAAAUACUGGAUUGUCCCGGCCAAUACCAGACACCUGACAACUCUAAAUGUAAUCAGUCAGAUGUACAUUAUUUAUAAUUGUUGUUUUGGAAUUAAAUCCAAAUUAUUACUGUAAUACAUUUAUUCCUGGAGGCUCCCAAGGCACACCAUUUAGUGUGUACAGGGCCAACCAGGCGGAAGCACCACCACUGCAUAUUCCUUUAGGAGCAAGGGACUGCAGCAAGAGGAUGGAUAGGGAAUCCCCAACUAAAGAACAUCACCCUUGGGGUAAGCAGGAUCUCCUUUAAUGUUAAAGUCAUUAGGCAUCCAGGCACACAGGUGAGUAUGGCUUGCUACUGAGCAAUCCAGGUAGGAAAGAGAGGGUUACACCUAUUUAAUUAAUUUUAUAGUACUACAUUUUAUGGUAUUUUCUUAUUACAUUUCUCUGUUCUCUCUAUUUAAAUUAAGUUGUACAGUUUAGCCUUUGCACUCAAAUAUUUGUAUUAUUUUAUAUGCAGCAAAAUGGACAAUAAUAAAAGGACAAG